UCUUGCUGAUUGUGGAGAAUUUUGUCUACUUACUAUGUAGCUUUUUUCAAUGGAGCAAAAAUAAUUUGCUAUAGAGCUAAGUGGCCAUUUCGAAUGGUGAAAUUACUAUCAAUCAAUAGUACGGAGUUAAGUGGUUAGUUUACAAACGCGCGAUAAUUUUGUAGUGCUGAUUACCGACGGUAGGAUGGCUUGAAGAUUUUCAUCAAUGUUGAGAUUGGUUCGGUUCAACCAGUGAAGGAAACUUUCUGGGCAAAUAUUCAGUACCCGGAUCAGACGGUGAAUGGACUCGGAAUUUUUGUGCUACGCAAACAACACGUUUUUUCUUGGUCGCGCUACGAGGACGAAUAAAUUCGAUUCAACUAUCCGUCAGCUCCCACAGACGGAAAGCUCGGUCCAUUAUUGAUAAGUUUUUGACCUGACCCGCGGAUAGUAUUCCGUGUAAUAGCAGUUUAAUCUACACAUGGUGGAAGAUUACUGAAGUCACUUCAGGCCAAGCUGCAUCGAGCCAGCCAUUCAGGAAUCAAUCAAUUGAAAUUGUGGGAAAAUGACGAGAGUCAUCUAGAUGACUUCAAGCGUCUGCUGCAGCUGAAUUAGCGAGAAGAAAAAAAAAUGUGGCUAACAUGUUCUUCCGUUCCACCCCGCAAAUAACGGUGCUUUAAAGUUUGAUUAUCGAUUGAUGUUUUGUGGAGACGCGAAUGUGUCUCGCUCGGAGGGAAAUUCCUUACCACGCGUAUUCCUACCUAUUCCUCAGCAGAUCAGAAGAGGGGUUACAGAAAAGUGCUAUUUCACGGAAUGACGUAAAUACGCCUCAGCAUUACUGCUGCUGCUGCUGCUCAUAGCGUGGUUUGUGAAGUACGCAACGUCAACAUAGAGUACGGGCUGUACCCUGACCUAAAAAGAAAAAUCCAGCCCCAAUUCGGAUCGAGUCUCGUUGGUUCGUUCAUUCGUAUGUAGUGUUAUUAGUGAAGGAAGAGUAAUGCGCAUGGAAGCCACAGCGUGUUUUGUGGUGCUGUUACCUUAAUGCAAUGGUAGUUGUGUGGUAAUGUGGGCAGUGGGAUAACUAAAAGAGAAGAAGAAAAAUAAACUAUCACCCAACCAUCGCACAACGACUACCCAGUAAUUGGAGCUGCACACAACACCAUCAUGGUGUGACGGCGCGGCAGCAGGAAAUAGCUCGCAAGGGAUGCCAGUUACCUCCUUGUGAUCGAUCUAUUGUGUUCGAUUGGGAAUAACGGGAACUCUCAGGCUGAGAGAGAACAAAUAGGGAAGCCUAAAUAGAACCAGCAUCCAGAGAGAUCAGGAUUCGAUCUCGAGAUCGGCGGGCGAGUCAAAACGGCGAUGUAAACUACUCGUCGUCCCCUCACCUCAGGGCAGAAAUCUUGAAAAGUGAACUCUCUGCUCGAGGAAAAUUGGCCCCGAUCAAGGCUAAAUACAACAACAAUAAGUAAAAUAAGCGGAACGCAAAAAAUUUUCAGCAACGAGAGUGAAAGUAUCCGAAUAAGUGCACCCCACACACAACAGAUCGGUGGUGACAAGAAGAAGAGGAAACAAAAAUUUAGGAGAGCAAAAUUGAAAACAACAAAACAAAAAAAUCCGCGACAAAGUACCGUUAUUUUGGGAUCAAUUCCCGAUUGUUGCCGACGACAACGAACGAGAGCGAAAAAUUGCGCCACGGGAAAAGUAUUGUUGUACAUCUCGUAGUGGUAAUUUGGUGGUAACGGAUCUUCCCUUCAAGGAAGAAGAAGGAGUAGAUAAACCGUGAAGUAAAGUGGUAAUGAAACUGGCCCCAACCGGUGCUGUCUCGGUGAAUCUCGAGUGACGAGUUUGGUUCGGUUUCGGUCAAGUCGGUUUCCUUUGACCAGAUCUCACAGAAAGGAGCAGCCGUAGGAGCUGUAGGAAGGACGGAGGAACUUGCUAAGUGGUGCCAAUUGUGCCGGUCAGUCCCCGUCCUCUUGGUUGGUGGUAAACAAGUUGUUUUCGUGAGGCGGCAAUUUGGUGUAUUAUUGUCGACCGACGAGAGAGCGCCGACAACGACAUCACAACAUCACAUUUCUCGAGUCACGAGAAAAUAAGAAGAUUAAACUAUACAGAUGGAAAUUACGCGCGAUUUUCAAGUCGCGCAAGUUCGCUCACAGUCAAUAGUAAAGUGUUUGGGCAAAUAUCUAGCUCAUAUCAGAAAAACACGUGUGGAAAUACGCGCGCAUGCUAAGCUAGUUCAGUAAGCCUGGAAGAGCGUGCAAUGAUAACACCUUAAAGUCGCAGUGAAUGAAGAAAUCAGUUUCCCAACAAUUAUUGUGAAGUGUGAAGCUAAAACGGCCACGGAAUGGGUGUUCGUUUUAACUACGACUUCUGGUCUGAUCCGGAAGAAACGACCGAAGUGACGUUCUUUUUGCCGAAUGGAGUGCUGAUCAUACUGAAGUAUUCAAUCUAUGCCACGCUGCAGGAUCUCAAGGCGGACGUGUGGGAGGAGGCCGAACGCUACCCUUUAUACUGUCACCUGGGCGACAAAUCGUCCUACUGUUUCUCGACGCUUUCCAAUGCCAACAACAGCACCAGUUACGAGCUGAGCGAUGAAACCAAGAGGCUGAUCGAUGUGCAGCCAGUGUUCUGUAUGUUCCGCUUCGUCGAGAAACAGGUCUCGGUGAACAAUAAACUGAUCAACAACAUCACAACGCUGCUGGGGAAAACGCUGUCGGAGAAAACGCUCAAGAACCCGGAGGUUAAUGAUUUCCGUACGAAGAUGAACUUUGUUGGGGAGGAGAUCACGAGGAAGCGGGCAAACAUGAACAAAAUGGAACGAGUGGCGUAUCAGUAUCCGGUGAAGGUGGUAAAGAGUGGGGAGCCGAUCCCGGAGAUGGUGAGCAAGCGGAUUACGAAUGGCGAUAUAUGUGUGAUUGCGAAGAGUGCGGACAUGCAAGUGACUGUGAAGAUUCCGCGAUCGGCGACUCCCGAUGAGGUGAUCAAGAGGAUACUGGAGAAGAAGCAGAUAUCGAAGAACCUCCAGAACACAAACAGCGAGGAUAGUAGUCAGUUUAUUUUGAAAGUGUGCGGCAGGGAGGAGUAUUUGUUCGGCGAUCAUCAGAUCAUUAACUUCCAGUAUGUGCAGGAUUCGCUGUCGCGAGAAGAAACUCCGACCUUUGUGCCGAAGCUGUUGAGGAAUGUGCAAACGUUUGAAGACUGUAUCUACGAUAUCCCGGAGGAUCGAUCAAAGCGGACGAACAGUACGGGCAGUAAGCAAAAUUUGCACACACUGCGGAAGGUUAAGUACAUCACAAGCUGGGAUGUAGAUGCCCAGUUCCAGUGUAUGGUGCAGGGCAUUGCGAACUUGAAGUGCUAUGUGAAUCGAAGCGUGGAGAUUGGCGUUAUGUUAGGGUUGUUCCACGGGGGUAAAUCACUGUGUAAGUCGGUGAAAACAUCGUUAAAGUCGCUGGACGACGAAGGCUUAGCGGUUUUGAAGGAAAAUGUGGUGUUCGAUAUCAACGUGAACAAUAUUCCGCGGAUGGCUAGGUUGUGUAUGGUGAUUUAUGAACACGUUCGGACUAACAAGGGUGUGGGGUUACGGGCUCGACGGACGGACAAUGGUUACAUGAAUCCGAUUGCAUGGGUUAAUACGACAUUAUUCGAUUACAAGAAUCAGUUGAAAUCGGGACCGGUCACACUGUAUACGUGGACCUACGCGGAAGAUUCGCAGUCAGAGGAUGUGCUACAUCCACUGGGGACGGUUGAACCUAAUCCUCGGAGGGAUGAAUGUACCUCGAUCAUCCUCAGUUUUCAUAACUACAACCUAAUGAAUAUGAUCAUCGUAUAUCCAUCGGAAGAUCAGCUGCUAGAACAUGCAAACAAAAUGCGAAGGAUCAAUCGCCAUUUAAACCGGGACAGUGCUGAGGAGAUACGCCCAAUCAAGGAAAUUUUGAUGCCAUACAUGCACAACGAUCGGCUUAACGAUAUGCACGAACAGGAUCGUAACGCGAUCUGGGCCAAGCGGAGAGAGUGUAUGACUUUGGAAUCGGAUGGGCUGCCAUGUUUGCUGUACUGCGUUGAGUGGAACGAUCGAAACGAAGUUGCUGAAAUCAUUUCGUUGCUCAAAGAGUGGCCACUGCUCCCGGUGGAACGUGCCCUCGAGCUACUGGACUAUGCCUAUGCCGACCAAUACGUGCGAAGGUAUGCCGUGAAAUGCCUCCGAACCAUAUCCGACGAUGAAUUGCUGCUCUACUUGCUGCAGCUAGUCCAGGCUCUGAAGCACGAGUCCUAUUUGUACUGUGAACUAGUCGACUUUCUACUGGAACGAGCCCUCAACAACCAGCACAUCGGCCAUUACUUCUUCUGGCACUUGCGAUCUGAAAUUCACGUUCCAUCGGUGCAAGUUCGGUUCGGGUUGCUGUUGGAAGCAUAUCUGAAAGGCAGCCAGGAACAUGUGGCCAUCCUCCUCAAGCAAAUGCAGUGCCUGCGCAAACUUCAAGCCAGUUCCGAACUAGUCAAAACGGGAAACAAAGAAAAAGGUAAAUCUCUGCUGAUGGAUUACCUCCAACAAAGAUCAGUUGGUGAAGCUCUGUCCGAUGUGUUUAGUCCACUCAAUCCGAGUUUCCGAUGCAAAACUGUUCGUGUAGAAAAGUGCAAAGUCAUGGACUCGAAGAUGCGUCCCCUCUGGAUAGUUUACCAGAAUGCAGACGGCAACGGAGACGAUAUCAAUAUGAUCUUUAAGAAUGGCGACGAUCUACGGCAAGAUAUGUUGACGCUACAAAUGCUCCGUAUCAUGGAUCGUAUUUGGAAGAGCCACGGGCUCGAUUUCCGCAUGAACCCAUACAGUUGUAUCAGCACCGAUCGACGACUGGGCAUCAUCGAGGUGGUCCUAAAUGCCGAAACAAUCGCCAACAUCCAGAAGGAAAAGGGAAUGUUCUCGGCCACUUCCCCAUUCAAGAAAGGAUCUCUGCUGGCGUGGCUCAAGGAACACAAUACCACCGAGGAAAUGCAGGCCAAAGCCAUCGAAGAGUUCACGCUGAGCUGUGCCGGGUACUGCGUGGCGACCUACGUUCUCGGUGUGGCCGAUCGUCACUCGGACAACAUCAUGGUGAAGCGAACGGGACAGCUGUUCCACAUCGACUUCGGACACAUCCUCGGUCACUUUAAGGAAAAGUUCGGCUUCCGCCGUGAGCGAGUUCCCUUCGUACUGACCCAUGACUUCGUCUACGUGAUCAACAAGGGCCGAACCGAUCGGGAAGCACGCGAGUUCCGACAGUUUCAGCAUCGCUGUGAAGAGGCAUUUUUGAUUCUGAGGAAACACGGCUGCCUUAUUUUGUCGCUGUUUGCCAUGAUGAUCUCGACCGGCUUGCCGGAACUAUCCUCGGAGAAAGAUCUCAACUACCUGAGGGAAACGCUGGUGCUGGACCUCUCAGAAGCGGAAGCCCGGGAGCACUUCAAAUCCAAGUUCAGCGAAGCGCUAGCCAACUCCUGGAAGACAUCGCUCAACUGGGCCUCGCACAACUUCUCGAAGAACAACAAGCAGUGACAUUUGCAGCGUUACAAUCUAACCAUGUAAUAUCUAGAUGAUUAACCGAUGUGUCAGACCAAACUAUACAGACAGAUGGGCAAUCGUCCGGGGGUACAGCUGGAUCUGGACCGGAAUGCUUAAAACUGAUAAGAGCAAACAAGCCGCAGAGUGGUCGGGAACCAUCCUGGAGCAGCCCUGGUUUUCGCUUCGUGUUUUUUUUUUGUUAGCCUUCACUUACAUUUUCGAUUAUUCAUUAAGUUUGAAAAAAAAACCACUCAC